UCUCAAGUAGGUGCCAUUGCCAUUCUAAGAGAACAAAGGAGAAUUUCUUGGUGAGCUCCAGCACCUCUUUUUCUAGAAAAACUGCAUUGACUGUCCCCAUCAUUAUCUCAUAGGGCCCCAGAUGUGAGCCUUAAUGCUUUCUUAAGCAAUGAAGAGGCGUGGCUGGUCUGGAACUUUGGGUGGUGUUUUUCAUAUGUUGCAACACUUCUCAAUACAAAAACCAGCACCAUCACUCCCUCCCUCCAUGUGGAAACCUUAUACUGAAGCUAGGACAGUGCCUUCUCCCUGGCCAGCUAAUUUCCUUACACACAGGAAACACUUUUGUACAGCGUAUUUCAUCAUACGAAUUCCCAUAUGUAGUCGACUCAGGACACCACCCCAGUGAGGACAAAUUCCGAGGACAUGUAUACUGAGUGGCCAAAGAGGCAAGACCAUGCUGCAUCCUGCAAUCUGUCACAGCUGGCGCAUCACUGCACCUGGAACACUAACCCACGCCUGCUAAACGAUUUUCUUUUAGGCAACAAAACGGCCAACAGUUAUUUGGGCAGGGCAGAAGAACAUGUAACUUCUCCUCGUUCUCUGAUGUCCAAGCUGCCAUUCUCCAGCUGCCUCUCCCGGCCUGGAAGCAGCACCCAGAUAGGCGCCAAGCCCUCACAGGCUCCAGGGGCUUCCUCGCUGCUGGACUCCUUUCAGACGUCUCCGCCCCAGGCUUCCGCUUCCAGGCAGUAGGGAUAUGUCCUCAGCACCAACCACUCCUCCAUCAGUGGAUAAAGUAGACGGAUUUUCUCGGAAGUCCGUCAGAAAAGCCAGGCAGAAGAGGUCGCAAAGUUCCUCCCAGUUUCGGUCUCAGGGCAAGCCUAUAGAGUUAACUCCACUGCCUCUGCUAAAAGACGUUCCAACUUCAGAGCAACCUGAGUUGUUCCUAAAGAAACUUCAGCAGUGCUGUGUCAUUUUUGACUUCAUGGACACACUUUCUGAUCUUAAAAUGAAAGAAUACAAGCGCUCAACUCUUAAUGAACUUGUGGAUUACAUUACAAUAAGCAGGGGCUGUUUGACAGAGCAGACUUAUCCUGAAGUAGUUAGAAUGGUUUCUUGCAAUAUAUUCCGAACACUUCCUCCUAGCGAUAGCAAUGAGUUUGAUCCAGAAGAAGAUGAACCCACCCUUGAGGCGUCAUGGCCACAUUUACAGCUUGUAUAUGAAUUUUUCAUACGAUUUUUGGAAAGCCAAGAAUUCCAGCCCAGCAUUGCCAAAAAAUACAUAGAUCAGAAAUUUGUACUACAGCUUCUGGAACUGUUUGACAGCGAAGAUCCUCGUGAGCGGGACUACCUAAAAACAGUCUUACACAGAAUUUAUGGCAAGUUCCUUGGUCUUAGAGCAUUUAUCAGGAAACAGAUUAACAAUAUUUUUCUACGGUUUGUUUAUGAAACUGAGCACUUCAAUGGUGUAGCUGAACUGCUGGAAAUAUUAGGAAGUAUUAUCAAUGGCUUUGCUUUACCUCUUAAAGCUGAGCAUAAACAGUUUUUGGUGAAAGUACUGAUUCCUCUACAUACCGUUAGAAGUUUAUCGCUCUUCCAUGCACAGUUGGCGUAUUGCAUAGUGCAGUUUCUGGAGAAAGACCCUUCACUCACAGAGCCUGUCAUUAGAGGUUUAAUGAAAUUCUGGCCGAAAACUUGCAGUCAAAAAGAAGUCAUGUUCCUUGGAGAGCUGGAGGAGAUAUUGGAUGUGAUUGAACCCUCACAGUUUGUCAAAAUUCAAGAACCCUUGUUUAAACAGAUAGCUAAGUGUGUGUCUAGCCCUCACUUUCAGGUGGCUGAAAGAGCACUGUACUAUUGGAAUAAUGAGUACAUCAUGAGUUUGAUAGAGGAGAAUUCCAAUGUAAUACUUCCCAUAAUGUUUUCCAGUCUGUACAGGAUUUCCAAAGAACACUGGAACCCGGCUAUUGUGGCUUUAGUAUACAACGUGCUGAAGGCAUUUAUGGAAAUGAACAGCGCCAUGUUUGACGAGCUGACGGCCACUUACAAGUCAGAUCGCCAGCGCUUAUCCAAAGCAGCAGGUGAAACUAAUGAGGAAACUUCGGGAACUCCGGGCAGUUUGCGACUUGGUGAAAGUCGUGCCUUUUGUGAGACUCGGGGUUCCCACAAGCAAAGCGAAGGGUACUGUAUGUCAUCAAGCCUUGUUAGUGAGAAGAAAAAGGAGAAGGAACGUGAAGAACUAUGGAAGAAACUGGAGGAUUUGGAACUAAAGCGGGGUCUUAGGCGGGAUGGAAUAAUUCCAACUUAACAAAAAGAAGCAAAGCAGCAUUUAAAUAACCUGUGGAGUCACACAUGUAUGUAGUAGAAGAUGGAGCAACAGUUUUCUGUAUUGUGCAACUUUACAGUAGAUUUCACAUUUGUUUCAUUAUUACAACAGCACUGUAUAUAUCUGUCUCUAAGUAAAGGAAAACAAAACAAAAAAAAAGAACUUCAAUCCAAAGUUUGGACAACAGAUGGACUUCUCAGAACUUUGCAAAAAUAAUCAUUGUUUUAACCCUUCUUUAAACCAGUCUUCAAAAGAUCUGUCGAAAUUGCUAUGUCCAAAUUCCAUUGUCAGGACCUCUUCCUUAUUUAUCAUUAGCAGAGAGUGAUACAACUUCAAAUGUGAACAAUCUUAAAAUUUAGCUUGUCUUUCUGCUAAACUGUUAAAUGUAUUUAUAGUAAAAGAGAGGAAAAAAAGAUUGUCAUUUUCUUAUGAGUUUGUGUAACAUCUUUCUCCUCCGGAUAACUAUGCUGUAAUUUGACUUGGAUUUUUUUUGUUUUUGUUUUUUUUCCUUUUUUGCACAUCUUCAUGAGUUGAAUGUUUAUACAGAUCAGGGCCGUAAAAAAUAUAUAUAGAGAGAGGUCCUUAAAAUGCUAAGAGUUUGUUCUGGUAUACGCAACUUUUGAGUACCAGACCUGCUUUGGUGCUCCUUCAGUGUGAACAUUACGAGUAAGUAUAAUGUGGUUAUAGACGGACUUGGGAGGUGUGCAUUGGGAUUUGUCAAUGAAUCAGUUGCUUGCGAAUUCCAGCUCACCUCACCAAUCCUUAUCAAAGUGUGCAGUGGCAACAACGCAGACUUCAGUAUCCGACCAGUAUUAAACUGUACACGGUUGAUAAAAUGGCCAGAUUUGUCUUAGGAAUACUGAGGAUAAAUUAUUGCAUUGCUAUACAUUUUCUUUAGGCUAUUUGGAAAUAAUAAAAAAAGAGUACAUCUAAAAGAAAUUGAUCGUGUAUGGUCAUCAUGGAGCUAAUAUGGGGGUGGGGUGGGGAGUUGAGCAGGCAAGUUGGAUUGUUUGAAGUUGUUGCCUUACCUUUCUAAAUAUUUAUUAAACAUUCCAGCCAAAAAAAGAAAAAUAAGAUUCUGUGGUGGUUUUUUGCAACUCUUGUUUCUCAUCACAUCUUUGCGUUUUGAGCUGGAAUGGAUUAUGGAUAACAUACUUCAGCAUUCUGAACUUGGGUGCUCAUUUCCUAAUUACUGUAUUUGUUACCAAAAGUGGUUCUAAAAAAUACUAUUGGGGAGGGUGGGGGGAAAGAGAAUAUUCCAAUUCUGGCAAACCUAAUGUCUUGAGUAUUAAAUAAUAAAAUUUUAAAUGAUUUUAUAUCAAAGGUGCAUUGUGACCAAAUUGUUUAAGGUUAAAAACAAAGCAAAAAAAAAUAUAUGGAAAAAAGAGAGGGCUGUAUUAUAAAUAUA